UCUUCAUUUUGUUUGGAUGAACUUGAGUGUGUUAAGGGAAAGGGCAGGUUGAUUAUUCCUGUUUUCUAUGACGUGGAUCCUUCUGAUGUGCGGAAGCAGACAGGGACUUAUGGAGAAGCAUUGGCUGUGCAUGAGAACAAGUUCAAGUUCGAGGCUUAAGAGAUGGAAAAUGGCUUUGGAGAAAAUAGCAGACUUGUCUGGUUAUCAUUUCAAACACGGGGAUGGAUAUGAACACAAGUUUGUUGCCAAGAUUGUUGGACAUGUAUCAAUAGAGAUUAAACGUGCUACUUUACCUAUUGUAGAUCACCCAGUUGGAUUGGAUUCCCAAGUGGAAAAGGUAAUUUCUCUUUUGAAUGUUGGGUCUAGUGAUGGAGUUUGCGUGCUCGGGAUUCAUGGAAUUGGUGGAAUAGAUGAAGAGAAAGUGACUUCUGAGAGGUCUGAAGUAGAUGUUGAAGAAGAACAAGGGAGUCCAAUGGCACCUUUGGAGGCAAAACAUUCUGCCUGCAAACUACCAGAUUUGCUCCAUGAAUCUUUUACAACUUAUCUUACCUGGUUUCGCAAUGUGGAAGAUUUAGACCUGUCAGAGCAUAAUUUCACAGUUCUUGAUGAAAGCCUCAAAGAACUUUGCUCCUUGAGGUCACUUAGUUUGAAUGGCUGCAGAGAACUUCGAGAAAUUAAAGGGAUUCCACCAAACAUAAAGUAUUUCUCUGCAAGAAACUGCAUAUCCUUGACUUACGCCAGAAAAUACAUGUUACUUAACAAGGAAUUGCAUGAGGAUGGAGCCAAGGAUUUUGUUCUUCCAAGUAGUAGCAUUCCAAAGUGGGUGGAGCAUAGUAGCAACAAUGAUUCAAUUUCUUUCUGGUUUCACAACAAGCUUCCUGAAAUCUCUUUAUGUGUUCUUGUUGGACCUGCGGUUGAUCUUUCGCGUACACACAUUUGUCCGGAGUUCAUCAUCAACAGCAGCAGAGGUCAAGCGGAACAUCUUGAAUCAGUGGAGACAUCCAAUCAAUUAGUGGAUCAUAUAUUUAUUACUGAUCCAAAAUUGAUGAAGUCCAAAGUGAAUGAAGUGAUUUUAAAAAAUGAAUGGAAUCAUGUUGUGUGUACAAUUAAGUCUUGUGGCCAAAGGGGACCAGCUAUCAAGAAACUUGGAAUCUAUUUUCACAAAGAUAGAAGUAGCGUGGCGAAUAUUCAAUUUAUUGAUCCUCUGUUGCAUAAAGAAGAGUUGAUCAUGGGAAAUUUUCAGAUAAAUAUGCAACAACAGAAGUAUAUGGCAUCACAUGAAAGGAGGCUUUCAUUGGAUCUUCCUUUAGGAAUGAGUUUUUCAUUGAAUGAUCAUGUGAGUAGGGAACCAAAUUCCAGUGUGCAAGGCCCAUGUGUUGAUGAUUUAUGUACACUAAGGUUGGGCUUAGACUACAUUGACCUGCCUUGUCAUGCAUCUUCAGAAAGGGAUUAUGGUUCAGAUUCAACAUUGUUAAGCUUAGCAAGUAAUGAUACUGCUAAUGAUGGGGGGUAAACAAUUGAAAUUUUUAUUUUAAACAUUCGAAAACAAGACAUCUCAAUCCCUCUCUAUCUUUUGCUCUUUUUUUUGGUCUUCAUUUUUAAGAUGUUCAUAUAACUAAUUUUUAAUAAAGAAAUUUGUAAAGAGAGAAAGUGAAGAGUUAAUUGACUCUUGAUUAUUCUUCCUAAACUUUGUCUUAUAUGUAGUUUAUAUAUUUGGGCAUUUCA